AUGAGUGGUCGCGCCCGCGUGAGGGCGCGAGGCAGGGCCCGCAGCCCCAGGCCCGCGGAAGUGGGGUGCACCCCAGCCCCGCCGUCGCCUACGUCUGUUGAUAUUGGUGACAAUGAAGCAUCCUCUAUCAGCAGCUUUGCAGAAACAAGCAGGAUUUCUCAGACACGUAAGUAUGGUGUAUCCCCUGGUGAUGUACAAUGUCCUUUCAUCCAAAGAGGUGGGAAAAUCAGACGGGACUUCAUGGAUCUGGGUGUCCGUACCAGAGAGAAAUUGUCCCAUGUGAGAGAUUGUAAAACAGGUUCCAGUGGAGUACCUGUGAAGCUCGUCACAAACCUCUUUAGUUUAGAUCUGCCCCAGGACUGGCAGCUCUACCAGUAUCAUGUGACGUACGAUCCAGAGUUAGAGUCUAGAAGGCUGAGAAUUGCUUUGCUUUAUAGCCAUAGGGAACUUUCUAACAAAGCAAAAGCAUUUGAUGGUGUCAUGCUUUUUCUCGCACAAAAACUGGAAGGAAAGGUCACGGAAUUGUUGAGUGAAACUCACAGAGGCGGGACUGUAAAGAUGACUAUCACUCUGACAAGGGAGCUGCCAGCAAGUUCCCCCGUGUGCAUCCAGGUCUUCAAUAUCAUCUUCAAAAAGAUCUUAAAAAAGUUGGCCAUGUACCAAAUAGGACGGAACUUCUAUAAGCCUUCUGAGCUAGUGGAAAUUCCCCAGCACAAGUUAUCCCUUUGGCCUGGGUUUGCUAUUUCUGUGUCACAGUUUGAGAGCAGGCUCCUGUUUACUGCUGAUGUGAGUUAUAAAGUACUCCGAAAUGAGACUGUUCUAGAAUUCAUGACUGAUCUCUGCCAGGAAACUGGUAUGUCCUGCUUUACCCAGACGUGUGAGAAACGGCUGCUUGGGCUCAUUGUCCUUACAAGAUACAAUAACAAAACCUACCGCAUCGAUGACAUUGACUGGUCGGUGAAGCCCACGCACACCUUUCAGAAGCAGGAUGGCACUGAGACCACCUAUGUGGACUACUAUAAGCAGCAAUAUGAUAUUACUUUAUCUGACCUAAACCAGCCAGUGCUUGUUAGUCUGCUGAAAACCAAGAGAAAUAACAACAUUGAGCCUCGGGUGGCCCACCUGAUCCCUGAGCUCUGCUUUCUAACAGGGCUGACCUGCCAGGCAACCUCUGACUUCCAGCUGAUGAAAGCUGUGGCUGAAGAAACACGUCUCAGUCCUUUGGGAAGGCAGCAGCGCCUGGCCAGGCUCGCUGAUGACAUCCAGAGAAACAAGGAUGCUCGUUUUGAGCUGGAGACCUGGGGACUGCAGUUUGGAUGCCAGGUGUCUCUGACGGCACGGGUUUUGCCUUCAGAAAAAAUACUAAUGCAAGACCAUGUGUGUCAACCUGUGUCUGCUGCUGAUUGGUCCAAGGAUAUACGAAAUUGCAAAGUUUUAAGUACACAGUCUUUGAAUAAAUGGUUGAUUAUAUAUAGCGACAGAGCUGAAAAUGUGACUCAGAACUUUCUCCACUGCUUGAGAAGAGUUGGAAGUUCCAUGGGAUUUAAUGUGGACUACCCCAAAAUCAUAAAAGCACAAGAGAAUCCAGCUGCAUUCUUCAGCGCUGUACAGAGACAUGUUGAUGCUGAUGUUCAGUUGGUGAUGUGUAUUCUACCUUCUAAUCAGAAGAGCUACUAUGAUACCAUUAAAAACUACUUGAGCUCCUUCUGCCCAGUGCCCAGCCAGUGUGUGCUCACUCGGACCUUGAAUAAACAGGGGAUGAUGAUGAGUGUCGCUACCAAGAUUGCCAUGCAAAUGGCCUGUAAACUCGGAGGCGAACUGUGGGCUGUGGAGAUCCCUUUAAAGUCCCUGAUGGUGGUUGGUAUUGAUGUCUGUAAAGACGAAUUCAGCAGGGGAAUGAUGGUGGUUGGAUUUGUGGCCAGCAUUAACACUGGAAUCACCAGGUGGUUUUCUCGGUGUAUCCUUCAGAGAACAGCGACUGAUGUUGCAGAUUGCUUAAAAGUUUUCAUGACCGGAGCACUCAACAAAUGGUACCAGCACAACCAUGAUCUGCCGGCGCGGAUAAUUGUGUACCGGGAUGGGGUGGGGGACGGUCAGCUGAAAGCGCUGAUUGAAUACGAGGUUCCGCAGCUGCUGAGCAGUGUGACAGAAGCGAGUGCAAACACCAGCUCCAAACUAUCCGUGAUUGUGGUCAGGAAGAGGUGCAUGCUACGAUUCUGCACGGAAGCGAGCCGGUCCGUGCGGAACCCGCCACUGGGCACCGUGGUGGACUCAGAAGCAACGCGUCCUGAGUGGUAUGACUUCUACUUGAUCAGUCAGGCUGCCUGUCAGGGAACCGUUAAUCCCACCUACUAUAAUGUCAUCUAUGAUGACAACGGCUUGAAGCCCGACCACAUGCAGAGACUUACAUUCAAACUGUGUCACCUGUACUAUAACUGGCCGGGCUUAAUCAGCAUCCCAGCACCCUGUCAGUAUGCGCACAAGCUGACCUUUCUGGUGGCACAGAGCAUUCAUAAAGAACCCAGUUUGGAACUAGCACACUCUCUCUUCUACCUGUGACGACGUGAACCAUGGGCACCCCUACACGAGCUAUCUGAGGAGUAGUUGGUAUAUUUUGUGCAAAUCUGUGUGUGAGGCUGUGGUUCAGGAAAGGAGAUUGAGCUUAGUUUUAACUUCCUGAAAAAGCACCCAACACAGCUUCAUCUGAAAUGGUUCCAAAGAAAUGUAUAUUGUUUUAAAGAGUUUUAUGCUUGGGGGAAAUUCUCAUUAUGGUAUAUGGAAUUAAAAUGUACCAUCAUCUGUAAGUAAUUCCAUAAUGCUGAACAUCCUCUAAGAAAGAAAGUGUUUGCAUGAUAUUUUGAUGAUAGGGAAAUGGGGUCUGAGUCCCACCCUGGUUUUGCACAAGUUUCCUUAGAUAACGUUAUAGAACGUUUUGUAGAGUGGUUUAAGUUGUUAUUUGAAAAUAAA